AGUGUCGCUCCUCCGCCGCUGGGGGUCAGUGCGCGGCGCUCGCGCGGCUCUGUCGGAUCGACUUCCGGUCGGGCUCUCUUUCUUUCUCUUCCGCUCUCCGGAUCAUCAUGGGCCGCGUCAGGACCAAGACGGUGAAGAAGGCCGCUCGGGUCAUCAUCGAGAAGUACUACACCCGGCUGGGCAACGACUUCCACACCAACAAGCGCGUGUGCGAGGAGAUCGCCAUCAUCCCCAGCAAGAAGCUGCGCAACAAGAUCGCCGGGUACGUCACACACCUGAUGAAGCGCAUCCAGAGAGGUCCAGUCAGAGGAAUCUCCAUCAAGCUGCAGGAGGAGGAGCGCGAGCGCAGAGACAACUACGUGCCCGAGGUGCGUCUCUCCAUCUCUCUGUGUGUCUCUCCGUGUUUCUCUCUCCGUCAGGACUUCGGCAACCUGUCCAAUCUUCAGGUGACUCAGCCUCCUGUCGGCAUGAACUUCAAGACCCCUCGCGGCGUCUAGACAUUUGUAAUAUAUCUCUUAAUAAAACCUGUGGAAAACAAA